GGCAGACAGCGACACAAUGGAGUUAUUCACGCUGAACAAUUGCUGACCCAAGAGUUAUGGUUCCCUGAAUGAAGAGGGCCAACGGAGGCUGACUGCAGGACACCCACUACUGACCGACUGCUCCACUCUGGAUACAGGCUACAAGCUAAAUUAUUAACUCUAAUGGCGUGUAUCAAAUCAAUCUAUGAUUUCAACGCUGAGACUUUGGACGGCCAGACCAUUCCCCUGAGUAUCUACAGGGGCAAGGUGCUCCUCAUUGUCAACCUGGCCACCUUCUGAGGGUCCACGAUAGAAGAGUUCUGUCCGACAGUAUCACAGACUGAAUGCACUCAUGGAAAUGUUUGGUCACCUGAACUUCACAGUCCUGGGAUUUUCCUGUAAUCAGUUUGGUCUUCAGGCACCUGAGGCAAAUCAUGAAACCCUCAACAUUCUCAAGUACGUAAGACCAGGUGGUGGUUUUGUCCCCAAGUUCCCUGUGUUUGGCAAGAUAGAGGUCAAUGGGUUAAAUGAGGAACCUCUUUUCACCUAUCUCAAGGAGUCUUUGCCAUAUGUGAACCCUGUCAUAGGAGAUAUUAAAAAGUUCUAUUGGUCACCCAUCAAAGUCAAUGACCUUCGCUGGAACUUUGAGAAGUUCCUAAUUGCUUCUGACGGGGAGCCUUACAGACGUUAUGAACUUCAUGGGCCAAUUGAAAACGUGGAGAAAGAUAUUGCUGGCCUCGUAGAUGGAGGCAUCUGCUCUUUUCUGGGCUGUCAAUAAAGCCGGGCUUCCAGCAGCAGAGGCACAGUGACGAUCCCUCAGUAAAUGCAGGCCAAAUGUACCUGAGCUGGAUCUGAUGGAGGAGGGAUUUAGGACUCUGAGUUUCAGUGCAUUCACUCAGAGUAUUAGAUCCCACUAGCCCCUGCUGAUGAUCAGUAGGCCGAUCAGUAUACAGUUGUAACUAGCCUAACCCUUUUGGUGUGG